GCUGGUUCCACAACAACUUCGACGCAUUUACGGGCGUAUUAACAAAAAACAUAGUUAUUGUAACUUAAAAUAAGAAACGUCACAAAAAAUGGUGAUGAAAUUGUACGCCGUUUCUGAUGGACCGCCAUCUUUGUCCGUGAGACAGGCGCUCGCUAAGUUGGAGUUGCCUUUCGAGCUGGUGAACGUUGACUUUGGAAAAGGAGAGCAUAUGACAACCGAAUAUGCAUUGUUGAAUCCUCAAAAAGAAAUCCCCGUGCUGGAUGACGAUGGAUUCCAUCUAAGUGAAAGUAACGCUAUUUUACAAUACAUUUGUGACAAGUACACACCUGGUAAUGAACUUUACCCACAAGAAGCGAAGACUAGGGCUAUCGUGAACCAUCGUCUUUGCUUCAAUCUGUCAACUUACUACGCAAAUAUCUCUGCUUAUACCAUGGCUCCGAUAUUCUUCGAUUACCAACGCACAGAGCUUGGUUUAAAAAAAGUACACAUGGCACUCGACGUUUUUGAAACGUACCUACAACGCCUGGGCACUAAAUAUGCUGCAGCUGACCAUCUAACUAUCGCUGAUUUCCAGCUUAUCAACUCGACUAUGACUCUAGAAGCUAUUGACUUCGACUUUUCUAAGUAUACGAAGAUUUACAAAUGGUAUAACGAUUUCAAAACUCAAUAUCCAGAACUUUGGAAGAUAUCAGAAGAUGCGAUGAAAGAAAUCCAAUAUUUCGCAGCGAAUCCUCCAGACUUGACUCAUCUUAACCACCCCAUACAUCCGAUACGUAAAAUUAAUAAAUAAAAUAAAUAAUUUAUUAUAA